GUGAUGAACUACACCACGGCCGACAACAGCGUCCUGGAGGAGGCGCCGUCCAGCCGGGUCCUGACCGGCUGCUUCCUCUCGCUGCUCAUCCUCACCACCCUGCUGGGGAACACGCUGGUCUGCGCGGCCGUCACCAAGUUCCGCCACCUGCGCUCCAAGGUCACCAACUUCUUUGUGAUCUCGCUGGCCGUGUCCGACCUGCUGGUGGCCAUCUUGGUGAUGCCGUGGAAGGCGGUGACGGAGAUCGUCGGCUUCUGGCCCUUCGGCGCCUUCUGCGACACGUGGGUGGCGUUCGACAUCAUGUGCUCCACGGCGUCCAUCCUGAACCUGUGCGUGAUCAGCGUGGACCGCUACUGGGCCAUCUCCAGCCCCUUCCGCUACGAGCGCAAGAUGACGCCGCGCGUGGCCUCCGUGAUGAUCAGCGUGGCGUGGACCCUCUCCGUGCUCAUCUCCUUCAUCCCCGUGCAGCUCAACUGGCACAAGGCCCACGCCGAAGACCCGCCCCCGUUUAAAGGUCCCUCCCCCGCCCCGGGGUCCAACGCCACCGCGGGGGACAACUACGGCCGCGGCGGCCCGGAGAACUGCGACUCCAGCCUCAACAGGACGUACGCCAUCUCCACCUCCCUCAUCAGCUUCUACAUCCCCGUGGCCAUCAUGGUGGCCACGUACACCCAGAUCUACCGCAUCGCGCACCGGCAGAUCCGGAGGAUCUCCGCCCUGGAGCGGGCGGCCGAGAACGCCAAGAACCGCCAUGGCAGCAUGGUGGAGGGCGGCGGCAGCAUCGCCGAGUCGGAGAGCUCCUUCAAGAUGAGCUUCAAGCGGGAGACCAAGGUGCUGAAGACGCUGUCGGUGAUCAUGGGCGUGUUUGUGUGCUGCUGGCUCCCCUUCUUCAUCCUCAACUGCAUGGUGCCCUUCUGCGAGCAGUCCGGGGGCGGCGGCGGCGGCGGCGGCGGUGGCGGGGGAAAGAGCGGGGGGGAGGCGUUCCCCUGCAUCAGCCCCACCACCUUCGACGUGUUUGUGUGGUUCGGCUGGGCCAACUCCUCGCUCAACCCCAUCAUCUACGCCUUCAACGCCGACUUCCGCAAGGCCUUCUCCAUCCUGCUGGGCUGCCACAGACUGUACCCUGGCGGCCACGGCGUGGAGACGGUGAGCCUCAACAAGAAGUGA